UAGUGGCCCGUUUGAAUCCAUAUCACAGUGGUAUAUAAAAUAAAACCGACCUAAUCUGAAAAAUAUAUCGCAAAAGCGGCAGCCUAGGGUUAGAUCAACUUCUCCAUGGACACGUACACUAGCCAGAUUAGAUCCGUCAUCAACGGGCCGAUAAUGUUCGAAAGUGAGGCUGCUCGGGAAGCCUUCCUCGAGAGGAACUCAAGGCCCCAGUUUAGGAUGUCUGUUGAAGGAUUCAAUCCUUAUCGACCUGAGGAUGAAAUCAGGAGAGAAUUGGUUAAUCACUUCGAAUCAUGUGGCGAAGUCUUUAGGGUUAUUGUUCCCACUGACCCCAUUGUCGACAGACGUGCUUUUGUUAUUCUUUUUGGACAUGACGCAGAAGAGAAAGCGUUGCAACUUAAUGGAAGUGACAUCGGAGAUUGGAACGCCCUUGUUAAGUCUGCACCCAUGGACCAAGAGGACGAAUACCUGAUGGCACAACGUUAUAAAAAAUCUCUCGUUGACGCCCUAGUCAACGACAAGAAAUUUAAAUUUGGCAUUGCGGUUUGGGGGUAUGACACUUCCCUUCCUGAAGAUGAAGUCGAGAGUGUUUUGAGACGACAUUUCUCUUCUUGUGGAGGGAUAACACAUGUUUACAUUUACGGCAAGCGUGCUAAUAUCUAUUUUUCCGAAGAACAUGAAGAAACUUCGGCUCUGGGUCUUCAUAGAAGUGAAGUGAGUGGAUUCAGAAUAACUACUAGGCGCUUAGCCACAGCCAGAAGGAACCAUUCCCUUGCCCCCGGUCAAUCUAGUCGUCGUAUUGGCUAUACCCGCCCAGCUAUUAUGAUUGAGUUUGCCCCCGAGAUAGGGCGCAAGGUCAAGGCUUUUAAGAAGAUAAAGAGGAUCGUGAAGAAGGUCAUGGCUUUGAGGAGGAUGAAGGAGGCGGGGAAGGAGAAGGUCAUGGCUUCGAGGAGGAUUAAGUAGGCGACGACGAAGGAGAAGUUCAUGCCUUCGAGUAGGAUGAAGGAGGCGACGAAGGAGAGGGUCACGGCUUUUCUCUCUCCAAUCAUUCUCUCUCCAAAAGACUACGAAGCUCUUUGGUGUUUAUGAAUCCUUUGAUAAUACAAUGUUAUCACCUUUAUUUUAUCACUUGCGCCAUCUUAAUCUCAAUGUAUGAUGAACCUUUUGUUUGUGUUUGCGUGUGUGUAUGGUAAACAUAAAUCUAUUAUAAGUUAUCUUAGUAUUAUUAGCCGA